UUCUUGAUUUCUUCAUUCCCACGUAUUAUCCAAACUCGUGAGUCUUCCAGCCUUCACCAAGUUCAGUUCACACCUACACUGUUGAAUGGCAAGAUCCAUUGCUCGAAGCCUAACCCUAUCUACCAAAUCCAUGUCUCCUUACUCUCGUCUCCUUCCUUGCCGAUACCAAUCCCACCAACCCUCGGAUCUCGCCGACGCCGACUCCGCCUCUUCUUCUUCCAACACCGAUCCUCACAUUCGUAAGCUCGAGGACGCCAUCCACUGCAUCAUGGUUCGCCGAUCUGCUCCCGAUUGGCUCCCCUUCUACCCCGGCGCUUCUUAUUGGGUCCCUCCUCCUUCCACGCCUUCCAAUGGUCUCGCUUAUUUGCUCCAUAACCUCACCGAUCCCCUCGCUCACCACGAUUCUUCGUCCCUCGCUUCCCCUGGAGCUUGGCCUUCUCCUUCAUAUUUCAUCCAGGGUGCUGCUCCACACCCAACGGAGAUUGAGGCAACAUCUAAUUGUAAUUCUCAAUCUGAGGAUGAGGAAGGAUGAAGAUGUUAACUCGUAUACCAGUUGCAUCUGAGGCUCAUUCAGGCAUGGAAGUUCUUUAUGAUUCCCUGACAGUAUCACAUUUCUCUCAACAGGACCUGUACAGAUGCGUCCUUGAGAUGUUUUAGUGUUUGGUUGCUAAGGGUCAAGGGAAUUCGCCAAUACGAUUCCAUUUAUGUAAAUGAUGUCUGUAGAGAAGUUAGCUUGAAAUGCUAGUUGGCAAAGUAUAUCAUAAUGUCAUCUUUCUUGUUCCGUAUCAUCUCUCAUGUUCAUUCCUAUUUUGUUAUCUAGCUAAUUCGUUUUUGUCUAC